CAUAUUAAGAAAAAUUAUGAUUGCUUAUUAUGAAGCAACUUAAUAAAAUAUGGACUCAAGAUCAAGGGGUCCAGAUUUAUUCCGGGUAAGGUCAUGCCUGAAACCCAUGCUUGAGCAGCAGUAUAUUCCCUCUUCAUGGUUGCCUUUGCCAUCAAUGACCUGGCUCUUGCAAAUGCAAGUGGCUGUCCCAGCUCACCGCAAGUGUCCCAGUGAUGAUGCUGCAUGAACUCAGCAUAUGAAAGGUCCCCAGGUAGCUGAUGCACGUCAUAUUUGCACUUGUCAAGAAGUAAAGGUCAUGGACCAUGUUGUAUAGACAAGGGGAAGAAGAAAUGACAUUGCGACAAAAGGAGACGUUGAAAACUUAGAUCAAUAUCUAUGAACUUCAAUUAAAUCAAGAAAGGAAAUACAAUCAU